AUGAAUUCACGUGGGAAGGCUAUACAAAAUUUCUUCAAUGAUGAUUCUGAUGAUGAUGACCUUCAUCAACAGAGGGUUGCAAUGGUUGUUCAACACCAUACGUUUUUGCUGGAGCAAUAUGCUCAACAAUCCAAACAUGGUGGUUCUGUUGCAGGCCGUGAAUACAAGAAUCGGAAGAGAGAAAAACAUCAUAAGAGUCUCAUGGAGGACUACUUAUGUGAAAGACCAUUUUAUCCCCCAGUGGACUUUAGCAGGCGGUUCGGCAUGAGAAGAGAGCUUUUCUAUCUCAUCUUGAAUGAUAUUGUUGCACAUGAGCCAUACUUUACCCAGAAGAUAGACGCUUAUGGACGACAAAGUCUAUCCCUAGAGCGGAAGCUAAUAGCCAUUUUUCGAAUGCUUGUAUAUGGAUGCUCAGCAGACUCCAUCGACGAGUACUGUAGAUUGGGUGAAUCUACAGCCCUUGAAUGUCUGCGAAAGUUUUGUUCUAUUAUUGAAGCCGUGUAUGGUCAGUGGUACCUCCGUUCCCCAAAUCCGGCCGACUUUUAUAGUCGUAGAAGAUUCCCAGUGAAUGGAAUGUCUCCCCAUAUCCAAUAUGUUGUCAAUGAAAAUGAAUAUAAUCUGGGUUAUUACUUGGCUAAUGGUAUCUACCCUCGUUGGGCUACAUUGGUUAAGAUGAUUUCCCAAUCGGAUACUAAAAAAAAGAGACUAUUUGCCCAAAAACAAGAGGCUUAUAGGAAGGAUGUCGAAAGGGCCUUCGGAAUACUUCAGGCUCAAUGGGCAAUUGUUAGGGGACCUGCACGUAUGUGGCGCAAAGAACAACUUCAUUCAAUCAUGAUGACGUCCAUAAUAUUGCACAACAUGAUUGUUGAAGAUGAGUAUGAGGAUCUAGAUGCAGAAUCUGAUGAUGAAGACAAUUGUCUACUAACAUCUAGAAGAGCAAGAGCAAGACUUGCUUAUGAGCUUGAGCCAACUAUCACGUAUGAUAUAAACCAAGACAGACAAACUAUCUCAGACUACAUGGUCCGUCAUAAUAGAGUUCGUGCUUCGCAAGUGCAUCACAAUCUAAGAAAUGAUUUGAUCAACCACAUUUGGAGAUGCGAAGGAGAGGGGCAAUGA